UACGCUUCUUCAUUGGCGACUUGAAAGGACAGAGCCUAUUUAUCUUGCUAUCGUUUUAAAGCAGCUUUGCUGUAUUUUUUUUUUACUCAGACCCUCCUAAUGCCACCGAUUCUCCAAAAGUCCGAUAUAGAGACACUGCUUUAGAAAUUUAAAAACUUGAGAUUUCAGACUGUCGCGAUCAUUUGAGAAUCUUAAGGCCGUGUAACUGCAGUGUAUCGCCGCAGACAGGCUAUAGUCAGCCGCAGUCAGCCUCCGGCAUCACAAACAUGGAUCAACACGACUCGACGUUUGGAGUGCAGCUCUUCAUUUAUGAUCUGUCGAGGGGAAUGGCUCGACAGCUCAGCCCUAUAAUGCUAGGAAAACAGCUUGAUGGUAUUUGGCACACAUCUAUAGUGAUCUACGGAGAGGAAUUCUUCUAUGGUGGUGCCGGGAUCUCUAGUUGCCCACCGGGCGGGACGAUGCUCGGACCUCCAGACACAGUGGUGGAGCUGGGAAGCACCGAGGUGACAGAGGAGAUCUUUAUGGAUUAUCUGUCCUCACUUGGAGAAACAACAUAUAGUGGUGACAAGUACAGAUUGUUUGAACACAACUGUAACACGUUCACUAAUGAGGUGGCCCAGUUUCUCACAGGCAAUAAAAUUCCCUCCUAUAUCACAGAUCUGCCCUCUGAAGUGCUCUCCACGCCAUUUGGUCAGGUGUUACGGCCGAUCCUGGACUCGAUACAUAUUGCCCCUCCAGGCGGAAACGUGAUCAGCAGCCAAAAUAAUCAUAGCUAGAUCAGCUUUGUAAUCUCUCUCUCACACACACCUACACAUGCAAUAAUUCACACAUACGCUGUUUAUACACACUUAUUUGCCCUGUUGUAAAUGAAUUUGGCUCAAAACACAUCUUUCAAGAGCACUGAACAAAAUUUCAUCAAUUCUGGUCCAUAUUCACAGUUACCCAGAUAUUUAGAGACAGUUUUGCUUAAAGUGUUUCAUGCACAAGGUCCCAGGUCAUUCUUUCCAGAUCACUGAUGGUUCAUAUUUUUCAGUGUCAAGUUCUUGGUUUCCAUGGUUUUCAUUUUAAUAUGUAUCUUUACUUUGUAUCUCUACAGCCCACCACAUGCAAAGGUCAUUUGUUUGUUGAUGACAAUCCAACUUUUUUUCUUUCCUGCUGUUAGUUUUUAUUCCUUUCACAUCAUUUCAUGCUGUUUUUCCCCUAAUAAUUUGUCUGUUGAUAUGUAUUAAUAUUGGCAAGCCAAAAAGUUGAAAGACUAUCUUUAAUUUUAUUCUUAAUAUAUAUGUAUUUAUUUAUGUCAGUGACUUUGUGACAAAGAAGCACGUGUUCUGUAAUAUGACUAGCAUUCUGAAGAAAUGACUAAAUGUGAACAAAUGGACCAUGAUACAUGUGGCUCAGAUUCAGAGAGAAAUAUACAGUGUAUUAUAUAUAUACAGUGGGGCAAAAAAGUAUUUAGUCAGCCACCAAUUGUGCAAGU